AUGGAGGUCCCACAGAGCGAUGGAGGUCCCUCAGAGCCAUGGAGGUCCCCCAGAGCCAUGGAGGUCCCUCAGAGCCAUGGAGGUCCCUCAGAGCCAUGGAGGUCCCUCAGAGCCAUGGAGGUCCCCCAGAGCCAUGGAGGUCCCUCAGAGCCAUGGAGAUCCCCCAGAGCCAUGGAGGUCCCUCAGAGCCAUGGAGGUCCCCCAGAGCCAUGGAGAUCCCUCAGAGCCAUGGAGGUCCCUCAGAGCCAUGGAGGUCCCUCAGAGCCAUGGAGAUCUCCCAGAGCCAUGGAGGUCUCUCAGAGCCAUGGAGGUCCCUCAGAGCUAUGGAGGUCCCUCAGAGCCAUGGAGGUCCCUCAGAGCCAUGGAGGUCCCCCAGAGCCAUGGAGAUCCCCCAGAGCCAUGGAGGUCCCUCAGAGACAUGGAGGUCCCUCAGAGCCAUGGAGGUCCCUGAGAGCCAUGGAGGUCCCUCAGAGCCAUGGAGGUCCCUCAGAGCCAUGGAGGUUCCUCAGAGCCAUGGAGGUCCCUCAGAGCCAUGGAGGUUCCUCAGAGCCAUGGAGGUCCCUCAGAGCCAUGGAGGUCCCUCAGAGCCAUGGAGGUUCCUCAGAGCCAUGGAGGUCCCUCAGAGCCAUGGAGGUCCCUCAGAGCCAUGGAGGUCCCUCAGAGCCAUGGAGGUCCCCCAGAGCCAUGGAGAUCUCCCAGAGCCAUGGAGAUCCCCCAGAGCCAUGGAGGUCCCUCAGAGACAUGGAGGUCCCUCAGAGCCAUGGAGGUUCCUCAGAGCCAUGGAGGUCCCUCAGAGCCAUGGAGGUCCCUCAGAGCCAUGGAGGUCCCUCAGAGCCAUGGAGGUUCCUCAGAGCCAUGGAGGUCCCUCAGAGCCAUGGAGGUUCCUCAGAGCCAUGGAGGUCCCUCAGAGCCAUGGAGGUCCCUCAGAGCCAUGGAGGUCCCUCAGAGCCAUGGAGGUCCCUCAGAGUGUGGGGCCUCACCUCUGACGGUGAGCGUGGCCACAGCCUCCAGUUUGCCGACGCGUGCUCUGUGGUUCCUGUCAGUGCUUGGUUCCUGUCAGUGCUGCUCUGUGGUUCCUGUCAGUGCUCUGUGGUUCUUGUUGCUGCUGCUCUGUUGUUCCUGUCAGUGCUCUGUGGUUCCUGUCAGUGCUCUGUGGUUCCUGUCAGUGCUCUGUGGUUCCUGUCAGUGCUCUGUGGUUCCUGUCAGUGCUGCUCUGUGGUUCCUGUCAGUGCUCUGUGGUUCCUGUCAGUGCUCUGUGGUUCCUGUCAGUGCUCUGUGGUUCCUGUCAGUGCUCUGUGGUUCCUGUCACUGCUGCUCUGUGGUUCCUGUCACUGCUGCUUUGUGGUUCCUGUCACUGUAUCUGUGGUUCCUGUCACUGCUGCUCUGUGGUUCCUGUCAGUGCUCUGUGGUUCCUGUCAGUGCUCUGUGGUUCCUGUCAGUGCUCUGUGGUUCCUGUCACUGCUGCUCUGUGGUUCCUGUCAGUGCUCUGUGGUUCCUGUCAGUGCUCUGUGGUUCCUGUCAGUGCUCUGUGGUUCCUGUCACUGCUGCUCUGUGGUUCCUGUCACUGCUGCUUUGGUUCCUGUCAUGCUCUGUGGUUCCUGUCACUGCUCUCUGUGGUUCCUGUCACUGCUGCUCUGUGGUUCCCGUCAGUGCUCUGUGGUUCCUGUCAGUGCUCUGUGGUUCCUGUCACUGCUGCUCUGUGGUUCCUGUCACUGCUGCUUUGUGGUUCCCGUCAGUGCUCUGUGGUUCCUGUCAGUGCUCUGUGGUUCCUGUCAGUGCUCUGUGGUUCCUGUCACUGCUGCUCUGUGGUUCCUGUCAGUGCUCUGUGGUUCCUGUCACUGCUCUGUGGUUCCUGUCAGUGCUCUGUGGUUCCUGUCAGUGCUCUGUGGUUCCUGUCAGUGCUCUGUGGUUCCUGUCAGUGCUCUGUGGUUCCUGUCACUGCUGCUGUGGUUCUGUGGUUCCUGUCACUGUCUGCUUUGUGGUUCCUGUCACUGCUCUGUGGUUCCUGUCACUGCUGCUCUGUGGUUCCUGUCAGUGCUCUGUGGUUCCUGUCAGUGCUCUGUGGUUCCUGUCACUGCUGCUCUGUGGUUCCUGUCAGUGCUCUGUGGUUCCUGUCAGUGCUCUGUGGUUCCUGUCAGUGCUCUGUGGUUCCUGUCACUGCUGCUCUGUGGUUCCUGUCACUGCUGCUUUGUGGUUCCUGUCACUGCUCUGUGGUUCCUGUCACUGCUGCUCUGUGGUUCCCGUCAGUGCUCUGUGGUUCCUGUCAGUGCUCUGUGGUUCCUGUCACUGCUGCUCUGUGGUUCCUGUCACUGCUGCUUUGUGGUUCCCGUCAGUGCUCUGUGGUUCCUGUCAGUGCUCUGUGGUUCCUGUCAGUGCUCUGUGGUUCCUGUCACUGCUGCUCUGUGGUUCCUGUCAGUGCUCUGUGGUUCCUGUCACUGCUCUGUGGUUCCUGUCACUGCUCUGUGGUUCCUGUCAGUUCUCUGUGGUUCCUGUCAGUGCUCUGUGGUUCCUGUCAGUGCUCUGUGGUUCCUGUUGCUGCUGCUCUGUUGUUCCUGUCAGUGCUCUGUGGUUCCUGUCACUGCUGCUCUGUGGUUCCUGUCAGUGCUCUGUGGUUCCUGUCAGUGCUCUGUGGUUCCUGUCAGUGCUCUGUGGUUCCUGUCACUGCUGCUCUGUGGUUCCUGUCAGUGCUCUGUGGUUCCUGUCACUGCUCUGUGGUUCCUGUCACUGCUCUGUGGUUCCUGUCAGUUCUCUGUGGUUCCUGUCAGUGCUCUGUGGUUCCUGUUGCUGCUGCUCUGUUGUUCCUGUCAGUGCUCUGUGGUUCCUGUCAGUGCUCUGUGGUUCCUGUCAGUGCUCUGUGGUUCCUGUCAGUGCUCUGUGGUUCCUGUCACUGCUCUGUGGUUCCUGUCAGUGCUGCUCUGUGGUUCCUGUCACUGCUCUGUGGUUCCUGUCAGUGCUGCUCUGUGGUUCCUGUCAGUGCUGCUCUGUGGUUCCUGUCAGUGCUGCUCUGUGGUUCCUGUCAGUGCUCUGUGGUUCCUGUCAGUGCUCUGUGGUUCCUGUCAGUGCUGCUCUGUGGUUCCUGUCAGUGCUGCUCUGCGGUUCCUGUCAGUGCUGCUCUGCGGUUCCUGUCACUGCUCUGUGGUUCCUGUCAGUGCUGCUCUGUGGUUCCUGACAGUGCUCUGUGGUUCCUGUCACUGCUGCUCUGUGGUUCCUGUCAGUGCUCUGUGGUUCCUGUCAGUGCUCUGUGGUUCCUGUCAGUGCUCUGUGGUUCCUGUCAGUGCUGCUCUGUGGUUCCUGUCAGUGCUCUGUGGUUCCUGUCAGUGCUCUGUGGUUCCUGUCAGUGCUCUGUGGUUCCUGUCAGUGCUCUGUGGUUCCUGUCAGUGCUCUGUGGUUCCUGUCAGUGCUCUGUGGUUCCUGUCAGACCAUUGUUAG